CACUCGCGACAUCCAUCGCUGGCGGCGGUUAAAACCGCGCCGAGACAGCCACGUAUCGCAUUCGAGGCAUCCGAAGGCGUCCAAUAGCCACUAGAUACAUGGCAGGCUCAGGUUCCGAAUCAAAUUUAUCUACAGAUUCUGGCCCAGAAUUCGAUUCUGAUUUUGGCGGCGGCGGGUGUGUUUACGAUUGUUGUGCAAUGGCCAAAUCGAUAACAGAAACGAGAACCACAAAUUCUACGGCGGCAACCAUAACUGCAAUACACACUCGCAAAAGCACCACAACAAUCGCAUUUGUUCUGCUGUUAAUCCUCUGCUGUUUAUGUGAUUACAACCAUGGAAGCUGGGCAUCGCAAUGCUGGAAGAAGCACAAUUCCGGCUCGAUCCAAACGCCAGACGGAGAAUUUAAGCGACCCUUUGGCAUACUCUGCACAUAUCGCUGCUUUCUCUGGUUUCCGCCAAUUUAUCCGUACUGUGAAUUCAUAUUCGAUCUGCGCUUAUCGAGGCACUUCACAUCCUUUCCGGACUGCUACGAGAUUCGCUGCAACGAGACCUUCUCCUUUUUCGGCAAGGAGCCCCAUUACUGACCUCCACCACCUGGAGGGUCAGUUGCUCAGCGUGUGAACAACUGACAUUCCACAGCCCCUUUCCCCUCAACUUCACAGCAAUUCUUCUUGUUUUUUUUUGGUUUUUUUUUUGAGUACUAUCUGUGACUAAGAAUUGUAUGCUUCAAUAAAUAUGGGUUACUGCAUAAAACAAUGCAUUUGUUUGUCUUGCUCGAAAGUGUGAAUAUAAAGAGCACUUAACGUUUU